UUAUGUAUCUUAUGUGUAUUUUGGUUUUCAGUCAAAUGGGUCAGUCGGAGCCUCUUGGACCGAUUCAGUCGUGAAUGAAUCGUUCAAACUGUGAACUGGUUUUUCAAAUUAACCGAAAGGAUUCGACUUAAAAGAACACUAGGUUCAGAAAUCGGACAUUGCUAUGCAGAACAUGGGCAUAGUGUGAUUCUUUCGAAUUUCAUUUCGCGAACGCUGCUUCUUUUGCAUGAGAUGAGUCGAAUUUGCAGUAGAAUUGUCUAGAACAGAACUGCAUUUAAGACAGGCGGGUUUUUGUUGUUGUUGGAGGGUCUGACAGUUGAGUUCCAUUAUAUUGUAAGUUGGGGCUGAUGGUGAGCUUGACUUUAACAGGAGGGACGUUUCUCACCAUGGCUGAGCAUUUAUCCCAGCGUGAACUGGACUAUCCUUUUAAGCUCUUGGAAUAUUUCAAUGGAUUUAGGAUCUCCGAGGCAAUAUUUUCAGCUUGCGAAUUAGGGGUGUUUGACCUUCUCCUCCAAUCCCAAAAGCCCUUGAGUGCAGUUGAAGUGGCACAGAAGCUUGGCACCAGUGAAGAUGGUAUAGAGCGUUUACUGGAUGUUCUGGUUGCCAUUGAGAUUGUGGAUGUGGAAGUGGUACAGGGUACAGCUUUUUACAGCAGUACAGAUGUUGCUAAUCUAUACCUGGCCAAGACUAGCCCAAAAUCUCUACAUGAUCUGAUCAUUUAUAACUCUCAGACCAUCUAUCCACUCUGGAACAAUCUGGUAGACGCUGUUAGGGAAGGAAAGAACCAGAAUGAGAAAACUUUUGGCCUCCCAUCUGAAGAGAUCUUCUCUGCCAUAUACAGGUUUAAAAAUGUUUUUAUAAAAUGUGCAAGAAGUAGUAGAUUUGCAAGUUAUGUUAUUUUGAGAUGCGUUGCAGGCUGCUCUGGUGCAUUAGCGCGAGAGUUGGCUAAAGAGUAUCCUUCCUCCACUGUCACGGUGCUGGAUCUCCCAGCUGUGGUCCAGACUGCUCAGCAGCAUUUCGCCCAGCAAGACGACACCAUCUGUUUUCAAGAGGGGGACUUUUUUGAAGGAGAAAUCCCUCCUGCAGAUUUAUACAUUCUGGCCCGGAUCAUUCAUGACUGGAAGGAGGAAAAAAAUCUCAAACUACUGAAAAAUAUUCAUACAGCAUGUCAUCCAGGUGGAGGCGUUCUGAUCGCAGAGGCACUGUUGUUUGAGAACAGCCGUGGUCCAACUAUGGUUCAGAUGUUUUCUCUGAACAUGCUGGUGCAGACAGAAGGGAAAGAGCAUCCACCCUCUCAUUAUACACAUCUGCUCACCGAAGCAGGAUUCAGAGAUGUGCAGGUCUGUCGGACCGGAAAAUCAUACGAUGCUAUUUUGGCACUCAAAUGAAUAUGCACAAGUGUAUUAAUGUAAGCAUUGUCAGUAAUCAGAACCCUUCUGCCUUAUCUGCAGAGUGCAGACACAUCAGUAAUCAUAUUUAUGCACAUGUCAGACAUCUGUUGUUCCACCUUGGCCUCGUUUUGUAAAGUAAUAAAGCAGUUUUUUUUCUCCAACAC